CAACGGGGCCGCACCGGGGCGCACCGGAUCCGGUGCCGGGAGCGGUUCUAGGGCCGGUUCUAGGGCCGGGCACAGCCAUGCUGAGCCGCCUAGGAGCUCUCCUGCAGCAGGCGGUGGAAACGCGGGAGCCCAGCGUGGACCUGCUGGAGGCGUUCGUCGAGCACUGGAAGGGCAUCACCGGCUACUACCUGGAGGCUACGGACGAGAGCACCCCCGCCAAGCGGACCGACAUCCCCUGGCGCCUCAAGCAGAUGCUGGACAUCCUGGUGUACGAGGAGAAGCAGCGGCCGGCGGGGGAGGCCGGGCCGUGCCUCGAGUACCUGCUGCAGCACAAGGUCCUGGAGACCCUCAGCACGCUGGGCAAGGCGGAGUACCCCCCCGGGAUGAGGCAGCAGGUCCUCCUCUUCUUCAGCCGGGUGCUGGGCCAGGUGCAGCACCCUCUCCUGCACUACCUCAACGUGCACAGGCCGGUGCAGAAGCUGCUGCAGCUCAGCGGGCACCCCCUGGGCUCGGGCACGGAGAAGGAGGAGGCGCAGUUCGCGGCCGUGCUCUGCGCCAAGAUCCAGCAGGAUCCCACCCUGCUGGCCUACGUCCUGGAGGCUAGGAGCGUCCUGAGCGGGAGGAAGGCUCGGGAGCCGCCCGGCAGCCCCGAAGGAGAGGGUGCAGAGCAUCCCCUGGGCGCUGCCACCGGCUGCCCCCCGGCACGGAGGGACAGCAACCUCGUCACCUCCUUGGUGGGGCUGUGCAAGAGCCAGAAGAGCAGGGUCGCGCUGAAGGCUCGGGAAAACUUGCUCCUGCUCGCGGGGCUCGCCCACGAGGCGGCCGCAGCCUGCCUGGUGCGGAGCAGCGCCCUGCGCCAGCUGCUGACCGAGCACCUCUGCGACCUCCACGGCGCCGUCCCACCCUGCACGGACCCCGCCGACGUCCUCGCCGUGGGGAGGGCCAGCUGGAGGUCGCAGGGGGAUGCCGGCGGUGACGGGGACUUCCCGGGGAAGGAGAGCCUGGUCGCUUUUUUCUGCUGGCUGGAUUACCUGGACGAGCUCGUGGCCGGCGCCCACCCGCUCGUGGCGGCUGCCGUCACCGAGGCCGUGGAGGAAAAAUUCUUCCAGGGCGUCCUGCAGCCGCAGCUGCUGCAGAUGUCGGAGCUCGCCGUCCUCAGCGCCACGGCCGUGCUGACGGGCACGGUGCGGCAGCUCCGCGCGCCCCCCCUGCUGCACCGCCUCGUGCUCUUCCUGCUGGGCCCCGAGCGGCGCCCCGAGACCCCCGGGGACCCCCCCCACCCUCUGCGCGCCCACCUCAUCGACCGCUGCGACCACCUCUCCGACGAGAUCAGCCUGGCCAGCCUGCGGCUCUUCGAGGAGCUCCUGCGGGCGCCCCACGAGCAUGUGGUGCUGAGCCUGGUGCUGAGGAACCUGGAGGCGCGGGGCUACCUCCAGCACGGCCCCCCCGUACCCGACGAGCGCGGACCCCCCGAGCCGGACCCCGAUGAGGACGGGCUGGACCUGGAGGAGGAUGAGGAGGAUCCUUACUUCACCGACGGCUUCCCCGAGAACGGCUUCGGGAUGGCGAAAAAGCCCCCGGGGGGAUCGUCCCCCCCGGGGAAGGGGCACGUGAGCGAGGUGGUCAGCAGCUUCCUCUGCCUGGUCCCCGAGGAGGCGAAGACCUCCUCGUGCCUGGAGGAAGGCGGCUACGACACCUACGUGCACGAUGCUCUGGGCAUGGUCCAGGCGAGCCGCAGCAAGGCGGCCUCGUGGGGGUGGCCCCCGGCCCCCCGGCCCCUCGAUGCCUGCCCCCCCGAGGGGCAGUUUUACGAGGGGCACUUCCUCAAGGUGCUGUUUGACCGCCUGGCGCGGAUCCUGGACCAGCCCUACAGCCUGAACCUGCAGGUGACCUCGGUGCUGUCCCUCCUGGCCGCUUUCCCCCAUCCCCACCUCCACGAGUACCUCCUGGACCCCUACCUCAGCCUGGCGCCCGGCUGCCGCUCGCUUUUCUCCGUCCUCGUCAGGGUGAUCGGGGACCUGAUGCAGAGGAUCCAGCGCGUGCCCCACUUCAGGGCCAAGCUGCUCCUGGUGCGCCAGCAGCUGCUGGGGCUGGUCCCCGGCGAGCAGAUGGAGCACGCGACGCUCUUCAAGGGGGUGGUGGUGCUGGAGGAGUUCUGCAAGGAGCUGGCUGCCAUCGCCUUGGUCAAGGGCCCCCCCGAGGGCCCCCCCUGAGCCGCUGCGCCCCGGACCCCGCCGGGAGCCCCCUUCCCUCGGCCGGGCUGCGGGGGCUGCUGGGGACAGAUGGAGAGGGGUCCCCGACCCCGGCACGGCCCCGCUCGGAGCGGCACGACCCCAAAACGGGGACAGCGGUGGCACCCCGGCCCCGUGGCGUGGGAGAGGAUUCGUGGAGCCCUUUGGAAACGGAGGUGCGCUGAGCCCCGGGCAGGAUGCGGCCCUUGGGGGCACGGCGUGUGCCCCGCUGCUCGUCCUCGUCGGGUUCCUGCUCCCCGCGUCGGAGCUGCCCAGGAGCCCCUGCAGCCCUCGGUGGGUUUUUCUUGGGAAGAACUGGAUGCACGAGCACAGCUCCCCGAGGGGCGGCCGGCUAACGAGGCGGGUGCUGGCCCCAGGGCUAAUUACAGCCCCUCGUUUGCAUUAGGGGCAGGGUGUGCGUGGGGGCGCUGGGUUUGUGCGCGCCAAGCUGAGCGCAGCCGGCACCGCGUCUCCGAGCCGCGGGACGCAAUAAAGCCCU